AUGAUUUUCAAAACCGCUGCCCUGUUGGUCAUCUCACUUGCGCUCCCAGCCAGCGCGACUUGGCCCCCCUCACCUGCGACCCAGGCCGGCGAGUCUAAGAAAUACAAGGUUUUCUACGGCGAACCUGGGAAACACCCACUUGGUACGGUGUUAUGUGACGAAGGGGAGAAGGCAACUAUACGUUGGAACUCGGUGGAGCACCGCGCCACUCAUACCAUUGUUGACGGGGGGGCCAUCUACUUCAAGGUUGAAAAUGGCCAACCCAUAUCCAUUUGGUUUACUGGAAGGUCGCCAGGGAAAUACAAGCUUACGGCAAACGAAGUAUCCUGA